GCUCUCUGUUUCUCUGGCGCAUAAGUCUGAGCACAGGCACGGACAAACGCCACCGAACUGUGAGAGAUAAAAUAUACACCCGCCGCGAGACACAGUGUCCCCGAAUAUAAAUUCAUUCACAAAAGAAAAUAAGUAGAAGCAGCAGCUCUAGCUUUUGCGCAAAGAUAUGCCUGUCAUUCCCAGAAUUCAAGGCUCUUAUUCUCACGGAUUUUGAUAUUUCUUCCUUGUUUAUUUUGCCUUUUAUUUUUCCUUAAAUGCUUAUUAUAAUCCUGAGUACGCAUUGUGAAAAAGACAAAAGGAAGUUAAAUUAGUAUAGUGAAGGUUUUGUUCUUUUUAUCUCUGCUGAGCUAAAACUUGGAAAAAGAAGCUGAACUUGAAAGUUGAAACGGACUCUUCCUUGGUUAUUCUGCUAUCGGCUUCUCCAGAAGCAAAGCUCCUGACCUGAAUGGCCGUGCGGUUUCCCAAUAGAUCCAGUGGAACAGCAUUUGAUCUUGCGGCUUGAAACCAGAAGUUUCUUUUCGGAUCAAAAUUCUCGCACUCAUUUUUAGUACCGCACCGUUGAUUUCCUUUUGAACUGAUAAGAGUGGCAACUCUGUCACUCCAUUUGGCAAUGCAAGUGACUGCAACGUCCAACUUCCAGCAAAUAUUGCGCCAAUUGGCUUAGAUUAGAAGAGGCAGGGUUUUGGGUUGCAUUUAAUCGAGAGUAAGGAUGUCAUCGUGGGAGCAUUUCGGGGAGAUUGCGAAUGUCGCCCAGCUUACGGGUGUUGAUGCAGUGCGGCUGAUAGGCAUGAUAGUGAAGGCCGCGAGUACAGCGCGAAUGCACAAGAAGAAUUGCAGGCAGUUUGCACAGCAUCUCAAAUUGAUCGGGAACUUAUUAGAGCAGCUUAAGAUCUCCGAGCUUAAGAAGUAUCCGGAAACACGGGAGCCUUUGGAGCAGCUUGAAGAUGCCUUGAGGAGGUCUUAUAUUUUGGUCAAUAGUUGUCAGGAUAGGAGCUAUCUCUACUUGCUUGCCAUGGGUUGGAAUAUCGUUUAUCAGUUUCGGAAGGCGCAGAAUGAGAUCGACCGGUACUUGCGGCUAGUUCCUCUCAUUACUCUCGUGGAUAAUGCUCGUGUCAGGGAGAGACUGGAAGAUAUUCAGAAGGAUCAACAUGAGUAUACAUUGGAUGAAGAGGAUAGAAAGGUGCAAGAUGUGAUUUUGAAACCAGAACCCUUGAAAGAUCAGACCAUAGUGUUGAAAAAAACUCUCUCUUCUUCAUAUCCAAACUUGGGUUUUAAUGAAGCUCUUCAAAAGGAAAGUCAGAAACUUCAGCUUGAACUACAACGGUCACAAGCUAAUUUGGAUGUGAAACAAUGUGAAGUUAUCCAACAUUUGAUUGAUGUCACAGAAGCUGCUGCUGCAAAUUCUCUCCCACAGAAGACUUCACCCAUGAAAGCAUCCAAGAAACUGGAGUCCAAUAAUUCAGAUGUUAGUGAGAAAAAUGAUUCAUCUGAUGAAAACUAUCCUAAGAAAAGUGAUUCUCGUACAACUUCAAGAAACACAUCCUCAUUUUCAUCAGGAGAUAAUCUGCUCUCACAUAGAAACUCUUAUCAACACGAAGAAUGGCACAGUGAUUUACUUGGUUGCUGUUCAGAACCUUCUCUGUGUCUGAAGACAUUCUUCUAUCCUUGUGGGACAUUCUCAAAGAUUGCUACGGUGGCAACCAAUAAGCACAUGUCCCCAGCUGAAGCAUGUAACGAAUUGAUGGCGUAUUCAUUGAUACUGUCAUGUUGUUGCUAUACUUGCUGCAUCAGAAGAAAGCUUCGCAAAACAUUGAAUAUCUCGGGGGGAUUUGUUGACGAUUUUCUAUCCCAUUUGAUGUGUUGUUGCUGUGCCCUCGUACAAGAAUGGCGAGAAGUGGAGACUCGUGGUGUGUAUGGUCCUGAGAAAACAAAAACAAGCCCACCACCGUCACAAUUCAUGGAAUCAUAAGUGAUGUAAUGAAUUCUUUUUCCUGAACAUUUAUGUAUGUUGAAAGCAAGUACAGAGGUAAUGGCUCAUUGCCGAUGUUAUAUGAACCUUGUAUGAAACUGUGUUAAGCCAUUAGUUACCCUUGCCCUUGUCCUGAGUUAACCAUGUGUAAAUUAGUUUCUCCAUCACUUCCAUGUUCAGCAGAUGUUGUAUUAUAAGCUAAACUUUAAUUGAUAUAUAGUGUUUUCGAGUUA